AUGAAAUUCUCAAGUACAUUGGGAUUGUUGAGUUCCUUAUUAUUAUUUCAACAUGCAAAUGCCUUAACAGAUCAAGAUAUUGUAAAUGCAGAAAUGGAUGUCCUGAUGGCUGAUUUUGUUAGCAAUCCUGCUGAUUAUUUUAAAGACCUUCUUGGUGUGCCCAAUGAAGCUAUCAUUAUGAACUACUAUUUAAGUUAUAAAGCUAAAAGUGCCGGUCAGUCACUAACUUAUACUUUGAAUUUAUCUCAGCUAGAUGCCAUUGUUACUGGUCUCCCAGAAUAUACAGAGAGACUUUCUGCUUCAUUUGCGGCUGCGAUUGCGAUUGCCGACUUAGAGAUUGCUACUUCUGUAGCCACAACCGUUACACCUUCCAUUUCUAAGCCAACAUCAGUUCCUGUCACCCAAGUCUCAACCUCUACUGUUUUACAUUCAUUUGAUUCAUUGGUUUCUUCUUCACCUACGACUGCCCCACAAGUUACUUCUUUAUCUGCUCAAAAUCGAGUACCAGAUCAAGCACUUGUUACAGCUGAGAUGAAUCUGGUCAUGUCUGACAUGGAGCAAAAUUUCUUGUCGUAUAUGGGCGACGUCUUAACAAUUACAGGGAAAAAAGCUUUUUUGACCUAUUACCCAUUGUUUACAGCCGGUUCACUUUCGGAUUAUUCAAUGAAUCUCUCUCAAUUUAGUUCGCUGGUGACUGAUCUACCGGAUUAUACCGCCAGACUUUCCACCAAAUUAGCUGUCUUGGUUUCUAGUAUGGAGGCGGCUGCGAAUGCAGCAUCAGUCGUUACAUCUUCCAGCAUACACUUUUCACCUUCAACAUCGAUCAUUUCUACAUCGUACUCUGGUUCUGGGGUUGUGUUUACUGCAUCUUCAACAGGAUCCUCAUCUUCCUCUAUAAUACAAUUUUCUCAAACAACUGCAUCAUCAUAUGUAGGAAAGUCAUCUUCAACUAUUGCCUCAUCUUCAACUAUUGUCUCAUCUUUAACAUACCUAUCGAGCUCCAAUGUGGAUUCAAGCCCAACGGAGAUCUCGUCCUUAAUCAAUACUGCAAAUAACUCCCACUCCGGGCUAACAAAUGCUACUUCUACUGCUUUUAUUUCUGACAUGGCUACUCUUACAGACUCUGUUUUGGACUCAAGCUUAACGGUUGCCUCGUCUGUAAUCAAUACUGCCAGUAACUCCCACCCCAGGCUAACAAAUGCUACUUUUCAGAAAAUCAGUAUAUCUACUGCUUUAAUCUCUGAAGUGUCUACCCUUACAGGUACAACAAUUUCCAAGUAUUCGACACAAAUGAAUGGUUAUAAAGGGAGAAACUAG